ACUCUUUAGUGCUGUUAAACGAGUGAGAGUAUUGCCAGCUCGAAAUUGUUUCCCUUGAUGCUUUGCCGCUAGCUCUUAAAGUUAUUGAAAUUGACGUUUCCGUUCUUAUUCAUACAAAUCGUAAAAUCAAAACAAAAUGGAAAUCGACGAUCUUUCGGCGAUUUUGUCGCUGUUUGAACGCAAUGUUAACAAAUUACGAACAAAUUUAAGUGCCUAUCAAGUUGAAGUAGAUGCUGUACGUCAGUCGCUUCUAGAAAGCUGGUCGCAUGUUGGGCGCGCAGACGGUCGCAUUAUUUCUGUUCACGAUGCUCUCCUAGGUAGCGUGAACGAGGUCAACGAAUAUAUAAUCAAAUUGAAUUUACGCAUCAAGCUUAACGGAGCAUUUGGCAUUUUUAAGAAUGUGGAUGGCAAAGAAAUUCUCAAUAAUCUACGACGAAAAUCCUUGGAGCACAACAAUUAUAAAGUGAACCACACAAAUCUGGAUGGCAUUGAGGUGGGCGAGCUGGACGUACAUACAGUAGGCGCUAAACAGUCAGAACAGCUCAAAGGUGAUGCAUUACAGCUUGUAACGCCAAACCGUUUUAAUAAUAAAACAAAUCAAUGUACGUAUGAAACGCCCACAGCUCGCGAACCCUUAAGUAGCACAGCUUCAUCUGUGCGGCUUGCCACAGUACAGGAAAAUGCUAAGCUGGAAAGCCUCUCAAUCCCAGCUGCACCCACUGCUCCACCUAAACUACCCAUUCCUCCACGCCAGUCAAAGCUGCUGCCACCAAUUGGUGGCAGGCAAAUGACAAGCAAUGAAACGUACGAUCAGCUGGCGAAAAACAUAAGUAGCUUUGCCAAAGACAGCAUUGUGCAGGUUACAAUGAUGCAUCUCAAUAUUGCGGAAAAUUGUAUUUUCGUGGCUAAGUGGGGUCAGGAAUCAACGCCGUUAAAAAAGUUGCUGGCGUGCCAAAUACCAAUACAGGAACUAAACCAGCUGCCCGAUUUUGGAGAAAUAUUUGCUGUCUAUGAUGCUCAGGAGCAGAUAAUACCACGUGUGGUGAUCAAUGCAUAUACAGAGGGUGGCGGCUAUGAUGCCUAUUUACUGGACUAUGGCGAACAUAUUCACUUGGAUGACGAAGAGGUAAUCUUUUCGCUACCCAAUGAAGUGAAGGUGCUGCCGGCCGAGGCUGUCAGAUGCUUUGUUCGCAAUCGGGAAGUGGGUAGCAUGCGUCAGUUUACCUAUAAAAUUGUGAGGGUGCGUGUUUUGGAGAACAGUAGCAACGAUCUAGUGGUUGAGCUCAUGGAGGACGGACAUCCUGAAGAAGAGACGCAGUCAUCAAACCAUUUUCCCAGCCUUGAAAAUAUUCAAAAAAUCAAUUUGGAUUUAGAUUUAGAGGAGCAAGCGAAACCCAAAGAGGCCAACGUCGUAAAGGAAACGCAUUCGGCAAAAACUGAACAAGAAUUAGCAGAACCAACUCUAAAAUUGUGUCCAGCUGAUUUGGAAAUGCUAGAGAACAUUGAGUGCGGCACCAGUGAUGCGCUCAAAGCUGUGCUGGGCUUUAAACCAACUGAUGAUCAACGUAUUUGCCGCCAUUACGAUCCAAAGAUCAAAGGCUGCUUUAAAGGUACUAAUUGCCGCCUGUUGCAUCAGCCUUUUGCGCCACAUGGCGCUACCAAGGACACCGAGCUGGUUGAAGCAUUGCCUGAGAGCAUAUAUGUAUCUCAGGCGCACAGAGAUUUGGGUAGCGUGGUGCGCGUGCUGGUCACGUUUAUCAAGAGUCCAACCCAGGUGUAUGUGCAGUUUGUAGAUGACGUGCCGCCGCUGGUUUGGAGCAAGAAAGAAGUUCCCGAGUCGCAGUGUAAAUUUAAACAGUCUCCGCAUGUGCUGGACAUGGUGAUGGCGCUUUACACCGAUGACUGUUACUAUCGUGCGCAGAUCAUUGAGGAGAUCGACGGGGCAUUUAAGAUCUUUUAUGUGGACUAUGGCAACACGGAGUUUGUCACAAUAAAGUCGCUGGCACCGUGCAGCGAUGCCAUCAGCCUAAAACCGUAUCGGGCCAACAAUUGCUUCAUUGAGGGCGUUAAGCGCAGUUCCUUGGCUUCGCAACAACAAAACGCCGAGUGCGUAGAGUUCCUUAAAAGUAAAAUUCUCAAUUCCGAGUUCGAUGUUAUGCUGAUUAGCCAUAUGCCCGAUAAUGGAUAUGUGAUCAAGUUCAUGGAUCGUUAUGCUGAUGUGCCCAAGCAGAUGAUCAAACGUGGCUACGUGGAGCCCACCACCGAUAAUUGGCAGCACAGCGACAAUAGUAUAUAACAGUCCUAAACAAACACUAACUAUAGUAGCAUUUUCUUUACACAUUAGUAGUAAAUAUUAUAGCUUGUAAAAUUCUGUAUCUGAUGAGUAAUUCGAAUGCAGCAGCGGCAUGCCGGAUGAGGAAAGCGGCAGAUCAGCUCGCCGAUGUCGAAAACUUUUGACAAGUCGCAUCAGCUGGGUAGUUUUUAUUUGCUUAGCCGCAUUUGUUUUGACAAUGGGCUAUUUGUUUUACCCGAAAAAAAAGUAGAAUACAACAAAUACGCUAUGGAGGAACCUUUUUUUUUUUUGCAAUUAAUGCCUAUGUAAUUAUGAAAAGCAUAAGUUUAUGAAUAUAUAUAUAUAAUUGGUUUAUGCAUUGA